UGUUCCUCAGUUACUAAUGGACUUCCUCAUCUGACCUUCAAUUUGCUCAUGGACAUGUGUGUCCAGAAGAAGAAGGAGAAGACUCCUUGAAGGAUGAUGGCACUUGUAACUCUGUCUGGAAGAAUGAGCUGUCCUGACAUGCAGUAGCUCUCUUCAGACCCUUGAUUAAUGACUCUAUGAGAUGGACCAAACUCCCCCAGCACGCUCAGAGCCUCUGGUCUCAGGGAUUCGAACUCCCCCUGUGCGGAGGAACAGCAAGCUGGCCACCCUGGGCAGGAUCUUCAAACCGUGGAAAUGGAGGAAAAAGAAAAACGAGAAACUGAAGCAGACGACGUCAGCGCUGGAGAAGAAGAUGGCUGGCAGGCAAGGCCGGGAGGAACUCAUCAAGCAGGGACUGCUGGAGAUGAUGGAGCAAGAUUCUGAAAAUAAGGCAUGCAGUCCCAAGGAAGGCUCCCAACCUGCGCAGAGUGAGCCGUCCGCUGGCGAGCAGGAGACNCUGACCUCGGAGGGCGUCCAGCCCGGAAGCCCCUCGGCCAGUGGAACAGAUCAGGUGUCCCAGGAUGAGCUUCUGUCCUCCGAUGCUCAUCUGGAUGAUACAGCCAAUAUACCNUCUGCAUCCACUGCGGAAGAAGCAGACGCUGGCAGCCUCCUGCCCACCACUGAUGAGCCCUCUCAAGCCUUAGCUGGGUCUGACUCUCUGGACAGUCCUCCCAGAUCCCUGGAGAGAUCUGCGAGCCAGCUCCCCAGCCCUCCACUGCUGCCCACCCCGCCACCCAAGGCCAGCUCUAAAGCCACAAAAAAUGUCACAGGACAAGCUGCGCUCUUCCAAGGCCCCAGCAUGAAGAACAAUGAGCCGGCUCUCAGAGGACAGCUUGCCACCCCCACAGGGUCCCCUCAUGUCACCACUGUCCACCGGCCACUGCCCCCCAGCCGCGUGAUGGAGGAGCUGCAUAGGGCACUGGCUACAAAGCACCGUCAGGACAGUUUUCAAGGGCGGGAAUGCAGAGGGUCUCCAAAGAAGCGGAUGGAUGUGCGUCUGUCUAGGACGUCCAGCAUGGAGCGGGGCAAGGAGAGGGACGAGGCGUGGAGCUUUGANGGGGCCUCAGAGAACAAGUGGACGGCUACCAAAGACUCCGAGGAGAACAAGGAGAAUCUGAUGCUGAGCUCCGAGCUCAAGGAUGACGUGCUCCUGUAUCAGGACGAGGAGGCGCUCAAUGACUCCAUCAUCUCGGGAACUUUACCGAGGAAAUGCAAGAAGGAGUUGCUGGCAGUGAAGCUGAGGAACCGGCCGAGCAAGCAGGAGCUGGAGGACCGGAACAUCUUCCCCAGGAGGACGGAUGAGGAGAGACAGGAGAUCCGACAGCAGAUAGAGAUGAAGCUGUCCAAAAGGCUGAGCCAGAGACCCGCCGUGGAGGAACUGGAGAGAAGAAAUAUCCUGAAACAAAGGAAUGAUCAGACAGAGCAGGAAGAAAGGAGAGAAAUCAAGCAAAGAUUAACAAGAAAGCUUAACCAGAGACCCACUGUUGAUGAAUUGAGAGACAGAAAAAUUCUGAUCCGUUUCAGUGAUUAUGUGGAAGUAGCAAGAGCACAGGACUAUGACAGGAGGGCAGACAAGCCCUGGACAAGACUGUCAGCAGCAGAUAAGGCAGCAAUUCGUAAAGAAUUAAAUGAAUAUAAAAGUAACGAAAUGGAGGUACACGCAUCCAGCAAGCACUUGACAAGAUUCCACAGGCCAUAGAGAUUUUCUUCUGAGAAGAAUUUGUGUUUAAUUUUUGAUACCAACACUGAACAUUCAUCAGGGAACUUUCCUCAAGUCUAACUGCUGUGUUUGUGAGAAGAGCAGAAUCACAGAGACGCAAUCCUGACCACUGACUACAAGAGGAACAACCCAGAGGAUACACUCCCCUCUUUGAUGUCUGAGGAGUGUGAACUGUUGGGGUCACUUUAGGCCCAGAGUAACUCUCCCAGAAGAAAACUUGUUUGCCUUCAACCUUGUUUUCCAGUUCUGCAGCGUCAUGGAGGAUGGGCGACAUGCAUGUGCAGGCUCACACUCCCAGCCUCCACCACGAGGGACCUGUGACCCCGUGUCAUUCAGUAUUUUGUUGAGAAGACAUUUUUAUCCUAAUGAUUUGAAAACUAAGUUCAUGUUAUAGAGUGGUUUACUGUACUAUACUCUCUCUUUUUUAUAUGAUGUCUAACAAAAAAAAAAUACAGCUCCAACAUUUUGAUUCCUGUUAAUUUUGUUCUUUAAUUAAAUGACUACUUAUUACAGGAAAUGAAUAAAGGCUUUCACUUUCUUGGGGUUGGGAUGAGGUAUAGCUGGGGACUUUGAAAAAAAAGUCAACACUUUUGAAUAUAAACACAGGAAAGAAAAUGCCAACUUUGUUCUCUGUAGAUUCUGUCAAAUAUAUAUAGGCUUGUGCCUUGAAAAACUAGUUACCAUUUUUUUCAAGUUAAUUAAUUGAAAAUUUAUGAAAGAGUAUUGAACACAUUUAAUCUAGAAGGAACUUACUGGAAAUCCUAAAAAAAGGAAAAUCUAUACCUUCUUUAAGAAAAGUUGUAACUUUUCAUUUGUCUGCAUNAUCAAAACCCCUAUUAUAAGAGGUUUGGAAGGAAUGAAGACUUGGAGUAAGUAGUUUACUAAAAUACAAGGGGAAGAAAUGAGCUAACAAACAAUAAAAAUCCCCUACGUUUG